UGAGUAGUUCGUGUAAGAGAGGAUGGCUGUGUAAAAAAGAAGACAGAGUUAUUGUACUUUCAGUAGCUGUGUUACAGAGUGAAUUUCAACAGGUACAAGUUUUGUGACCUGCUGAAAUAUCCUCUUCUACACAAGUAGUAGUGGUCAUAUCUAGCUACUCUACUGCAGAAGUAUUUCAGUUAGAUGGAUUAUUUUUGGGUAGCUUAGAAGCUGCAUUUAAGGACUAUGGAAAUGAAAGGGGGAAGAUAAUGUUAAGCUAGAAACUAAGUAGAAUAAAUGAAGAAUUGGAUUUUGUUUUAGCCAUAUUUGCCUCUGCCUUUACUUUAACAAAUGCUUGGUUUUGUAGCAUUGCUGCAUUUAUGCAUGGAUUUUGGAUCCCAAUGUAGUUUUUAUGCAUCUACCAAUAUCAUAAACAAUGAAUCGCCCUCAAAAAUAACAUUGCAGGACAAGGCACGUAUGUGCCUAUAUCUUUAAGCAUUGCUAUGCAAGUUUGGAAGCAGCUAUUUUAAGUCAACACUUCCUUUUAUAUUUAGAGCCCUCUGCAGUAUAAAUUGUUUAGUGCUUCUCCCCACUUAGAUGGAGGGCAUUGUCACUUGCAGCAUUUAACACGCUGUGCUACAAUAGAAAACUGACAUUAUGGAGAAACAAUCCACUUCAAAAUCAAAGUGCAAUUCCUCGCUGGAUGAGUUUUCUCUCCCCAGGGGUGUGAUGGCUUUCAGCUAUCGUCCCUCUCCUGUUGCCUCUACAUCUCGGAGCUGAACGACAGCAGAGAGAUAGUAGUGCUCCAGCCAACUCUUUCUGCAGAGUGUAGCCAGAGAAACAGGCAACAAAAAUAGAACAUCCAGGUUUGCUGCGCGUGGGUGAAGCCGAAACCACAUUACGAGUAGAAGCUUCCACGGUAUUAUUUUAGAACCAGCAUAGAUCUGUUCCCCUUUUGCUGUCUUGUCAAAGAUGAGCCACAGUCUAGUAGAAGGGAGUGAGAAAGAACGUCAAACACCAUUACAAUCCUGCUCCGUCUCUCCAUCACAUGCAUAAACACAGAGAGAGCGUAAUAUAAACACACACAUACACAAAUAGUACACACAGGGAGGCAGGCACAGGUUUGGCACUUGGAGAAGGUAAUCGCUUCUUCGGAGGGAUCACACUGGAGACCUGCUGCUUUGAAAGACAGAGACUGGCCAGCUGGGUUCGCUGAGAUGGAGUUUCAGGACGUGACCAGCUCUUGGCUCAGCAAAGAAUGCACAGUAUGAUCAGCUCAGGGGAUGUGAAAUCAGAAGUUCCCGUGGGAUUAGAACCUAUCACACCAUUAGAUUUGCGAACUGAUCUCAGGAUGAUGGUUCCUAUGGUGGACCCACUAUUACGUGAGAAGCAGCUACAGCAGGAGCUCCUCUUGAUUCAGCAGCAGCAGCAAAUUCAGAAGCAGCUCCUGAUAGCAGAAUUUCAGAAACAGCACGAGAACCUCACACGACAGCACCAAGCUCAAAUCCAAGAGCACAUAAAGUUACAACAGGAACUCUUAGCCAUUAAGCAACAACAAGAACUCCUUGAGAAAGAGCAGAAACUAGAACAACAGCGGCAAGAACAGGAAUUGGAGAGACAUCGGCGGGAGCAGCUUCCUCCAAUCAGGAGCAAAGAAAGGAGUCGAGAAAGAGCAGUGGCCAGUACAGAAGUGAAGCAGAAACUUCAAGAGUUUCUACUGAGUAAAUCAGCAACAAAAGAUCCUACAACCAAUGGGAAGAAUCAUUCCGUUAGUCGGCAUCCCAAGCUUUGGUACACGGCUGCUCACCAUACUUCACUGGAUCAAAGUUCUCCACCCCUAAGUGGAACUUCUCCUUCUUACAAAUAUCCAUUACCAGGAGCGCAAGAUGCCAAGGAUGAUUUCCCUCUCCGCAAAACUGCCUCAGAGCCCAACUUGAAAGUUCGCUCCAGGUUAAAACAAAAGGUAACAGAAAGGAGAAGCAGUCCUUUACUCAGAAGGAAGGAUGGGAUGGUGGUCUGCUCUUUCAAGAAAAGAUUAUUUGAGGUGACAGAAUCAUCAGUCAGUAGCAGUUCCCCUGGAUCAGGUCCCAGUUCACCAAAUAAUGGUCCUACUGUAAAUACAGAUAAGGAAACCUCAGUGUUGACAUCUAAUUCCCAAACUGAGCAUUUGGUUCCACAGCAACACAUUCUUAUCAAUGAAGAAUCAAUGAAUUUGUUAAGUCUCUACACAUCCCCUUCUUUGCCAAACAUCACUUUAGGACUUCCAGCAGUACAACCACCACUCAGUGCAUCUUCACCAUUCAGAGAAAAACAGAAAUGUGAGACCCAAGCAAUCAGGCAAGGAGUGAUCUUGCCUGGGCAGUACCGGGGCAGCAUGUCGCCUUCAGCCCCUCAGCCUGUCAUCCUAGAAGGGAAGCCAAACAGCAGUCAUCAGGCUCUUCUCCAGCAUUUGUUACUGAAGGAACAAAUGAGGCAGCAAAAGCUUUUGGGUACAGGUACAGUGCCUCUUCAUCCUCAGUCACCACUGGCAACAAAAGAAAGAGUCUCACCCAGCCUAAGAGUUGCACAUAAAUUGCCUCGACAUCGGCCUCUAAAUCGAACUCAGUCAGCUCCACUACCACAGAGUACCUUGGCUCAACUAGUCAUUCAACAACAGCAUCAACAGUUUCUAGAGAAGCAAAAACAGUACCAACAGCAGAUCCACAUGAACAAAAUGCUUUCUAAAUCUAUUGAACAGUUAAAACAACCAGGCAGCUUAGAAGAAACUGAAGAAGAACUUCAUGGAGAACAUUCUAUGGUGGAAGAAAGAACUCCAUCUGUUGCAAGCAGCAUAAAGGAUGACAACAGUAAUAUCUGUUUGGACGACAGACUGGGACAGCCUUUGACGGCUGUGAAGGUGAAAGAGGAACCACAGGACAGUGAUGAUGAUAUUCAAACUCAACAGAUGGAAUCUGGGGAGAAAACAGCUUUUAUUCAACAGCAGGAGAUCCUGGAGCAUCAGCGUAUCCAGCAGUUGGAAACAUACCGGGCUCAGAUGGCUGCAUUUGGCACGACACAAUCCAACAAACGUCAGCCUAUUGCCAGGACACAGUCUUCCCCGGCUACUUCUGCAAUGCCUUUUCCAGCAAUGGAUCAGCCCAUGCAACAUACCCGCAUGACUGGUAUUGUGUAUGACGCCCUCAUGUUGAAACACCAGUGUAUGUGUGGCGGUUACAGCAACCACCCAGAGCAUGCGGGAAGAAUACAGAGCAUCUGGUCAAGGCUGCAAGAAAGUGGGUUACUAAACAAGUGCGAGCGGAUUCGAGGUCGAAAAGCCAGUUUGGAAGAAAUACAGCUGGUCCAUUCUGAACAUCAUUCAUUGCUGUAUGGCACCAUUUCCCUGAACAGACAGAAGCUGGACCCCAGGAAAAUCCUAGGAAGUGUGCCUCAAAAACUCUUUUCAUUGCUGCCCUGUGGAGGCCUUGGGGUGGACAGUGACACCAUUUGGAAUGAGCUGCAUUCGUCCGGUGCUGCACGCAUGGCUGUUGGCUGUGUCAUCGAACUGGCUUCCAAAGUGGCCUCAGGAGAGCUGAAGAACGGUUUUGCUGUUGUAAGGCCCCCAGGCCAUCAUGCUGAAGAAUCAACAGCCAUGGGGUUCUGCUAUUUUAAUUCGGUUGCAAUUACUGCCAAAUACUUGAGAGACAAGCUAAAUAUAGGCAAGAUAUUGAUUGUAGAUCUGGAUGUUCACCAUGGCAACGGUACACAGCAGGCUUUUUAUGCUGACCCCAACAUCCUGUACGUCUCCCUCCACCGCUAUGAUGAAGGCAACUUCUUCCCUGGCAGUGGAGCCCCAAAUGAGGUUGGAAGUGGCCCUGGUGAAGGUUAUAAUAUAAAUAUUGCUUGGACAGGUGGCCUGGAUCCCCCCAUGGGAGAUGUAGAGUACCUCACCGCAUACAGGACUGUGAUCAUGCCAAUCGCCUCUGAGUUUGAGCCAGACUUUGUCUUAGUAUCUGCUGGCUUUGAUGCUAUUGAAGGCCACGAUCCUCCCUUGGGCGGGUACAAAGUGACAGCCAAAUGUUUUGGUCACCUCAUCAAACAGUUGUUGAAGCUAGCAGAUGGUCACUUGGUGCUGGCCUUGGAAGGAGGACAUGACCUUACUGCCAUCUGUGAUGCCUCAGAAGCCUGCCUCAAUGCUCUGCUAGGAAAUGAGCUGGAACCACUCUCUGAAGAUAUCCUCCAUCAAGCCCCUAAUGUGAAUGCAAUGGUGUCCUUGCAAAAGAUCACAGAAAUUCACAGCAAGUACUGGAAGUCUGUGGAGCCUUAUGCUGUGCCAGUUAGCUGUAAACUGGCGGACAGUCAGAAACAAGAGAGAGAAGAGACAGAGGCAGUCUCAGCUAUGGCCUUACUCUCAGUGGACGUUGAGCAGUCUUUUCCACAAGAAAACAGCAGAGCUGCUGGCGAGCCCAUGGAAGAAGAGCCAGCCUUGUGAAGUGCCAAGUUCUCCAUGAUAUUUCCUGUGCGUGACAUCAUUGUGUACCUCCAUCUACCGCCACCCCCCCCCUUUUUUUUUGAAAAAAAGCACCCUUAGACAUGUCUUGUCUGCUGCCUGGGUGGCAAGGAUCAGAUGGAACGUAAACACACUGGGCACACAAUUCUGAACAGCAGCUUCACUUGUUCGUAGGACAGACUUAAAAAGCCUCCUUUGGUGUAACCGCUACAAUUCUAAAGUUACACACAAACCAGAUCUUGCAGAGAGAGACUGAGCCUAGAAGCCUGCUUCCAAAUGCUGUGCAAUGCACUCACUGACUUCAGUGAUAGAAUAGAAGCAUCCAAUUAAUUCCAAUUUCUUGACUAUGGUUGUCUGAAAAUCUGAAACAGCCUAAAAAAAAAACCACAGGGUGGAAAGGGAGAGAAUCAUGGCAUCACAAUCCCCACUGCUUCUGAUUUUUAAAACACAUUUUGUUACCUCUUUCCCUCCGCUUUCUUUCACAUUGUUAAAAAUAGUUUAAAGGGUUGAUUUCAGAAUGGAAUGAAAUGAUAUAUCCUUUAUCCAUGGUGCCAUUUGAAAAAUGUGAUAGCCAUUUCAGAUUGGAGAAAUAUAUUGUUUUUGAAGGGUCAGGGAAACACAGGCCCCAUCUACACUGACCAUUUAUUAAUGCAGUCUGAAGCCAACUCCAAACUGCAGUGGCCAGACAAAAACUCCCAUAAAAGUUCACCAAAAAAUCCUUAAUGUGGAUCAGUGAUUUUUAUAAUCAUGAUCUGGGCUUCAAACUGGUUCCAGGAUUUCCUAUGUAAUCUUCUGCACAGUGAAACUACUAUCUUCAAUACCAGUUUGAAACUACAUUAAAUGAUCAGUGAAGAUGGUGCCUCAGUCAAUAGGAAACUUUUCUCCAUUGCAUUUCAGCUGCCCUAAGCAGAAUUGUGCAAAAUGGCUCUUUAGUUAUGAACUUCUAGGCAUUGCAUUCAGAAUUCAGCCCUGGGACAUACUGCCUCAUAAAAGGAUGUAGGAGUCCAACCUGGUUGAUCAUUUUAUUGGUUGGUUCUUCAUGGUUCCCUUGCUCUACAAAAGGAGAAAACAAUGUCUUGCCCUUGGCGUAAUAGUGCAUAAUCCACCCAAGUUAUUGUGUGAGCAAAAGAUUCUCAUCUGCUUUUUAAUAACCAGUCACUUUCUUCUACCUUAGAUUAGCACUGCUUUGAAAGGAGCAGACUGAAAUCCACAAAAGCUCAUGCUCAAGUAAAUCAUCCUGGAAGAUACCAACUAGAUCUUUUUUUCCUACUUGCUUUUUUAAAAUGCUAAUUCAGCCUAGCUUCAGACCCGUGCUAUACCCCACUUCUAAAUGAUAAAAGUAUGAAUGAUUUUUCCAGAUUUGCUACAAUGAUGGUGGUGAGAUGAUGGUGAUGUCCCCUGUUCCCUGAACUGGGAUUCAAGUGCUUCUGAAAACCGAUUUAGUUUUAAAAGCAGGUCAGGACAUCACUCAAUCUCUUCCAUGGAAGCAGAAUACUGAAAGGUUUUAAGAGGCAUUUUGAAUUCUAUUUUUCUUCUCUAAAAUUUAACACGUAGAUUAAGACAAAAGUCACUCCAAAUUCACGAGUGUGGCAAAGGAGCUAUGCACUCUUCUAAUAACCAAUGUUUAAACUCUUACACAUGUUGCCUUACUCUCACAAAAUAGAAAAGGGGAUUGUGGCUUUUAUUCAAACUCAAAGCAUUUUUGAGGAGCACCAAUAGUAACGGAGUUAUGGUCAUUUUUGACAAUCACACACACAUAGAAAACAUAGUCUAUUCGUAUGUAUCUUCAAUUAUUCUACCUUACAGAAUCAAAUAGCGAGAUUUCCUUUGAACAGCAAGGGAUGUUCUUGCUUUAUAUAUUUUCCGAGCUCAAAGGAUACAUAAAAGCCAUAAGUGAACACUGUCAUGCUUUUUAUUCUGAAAUUUGAAAGAAACCUUAAUUAAAACAAGGUUUUGGGGAACGCCGUGGUAUGAAAGAUAUGAAACAAUGUGGUUUCAGUUAUAGCAGACUCAAACCUGUAAAUCAAAGAUGAAAGAUUUCACUCAAAUAGAAUUAUAUAAUUCUCUCUUGUUAUACAGAUGGGCUGCAUUUUUUUUGCCUCAAAUGUGUUUGGGUUUGUUUACAAUUAGCAUUUUAAUUUGAGAGCCUUUUAUAUGGAAACAGUCUGCUGUAAGAUGAAAAUCGGAGACUGUUUAAAACAGGAAGUCGAGGAAGAAUGUCACCCGGUGAAACAUGGAAUUAUCUUUUUAUGUAAGUGUUAUGAGAUGCAUUCUUAUGAUUAAUUAUUGGGGAAGAAAUUAAAUCCUAUUUCAAGUUGAACACCCAGUAUCAAUUUUCCUACUUAACAGAAGAAAUCUGAAGCAUCAAAGUUGCAUUAGCACAGAUACUCAAUCUAGUCCUACAAUAUCUAUAGAAUUACAUUUGUGAGUAAGGCAAUAUAUUCUGAACAUUUGUCUUGAGUGAUACUAUUAGACAAAUUAUUCCAGUUUUCCAAUAGUCAUCCUUUACACAUACGUCUUAGGAAAAAUUAAUCACCAUGCCUGCUGGUAAUUAUUCAGUCUAAUGGUUUAAAUUCAAUGCUUCCUAUUUUAAGUGGUGGUGCUGAAAAUGUCCAUUUUAUUGUUGUGAAAUCGGUUUGCUUUUGAAGCCCAAAUUGUGAAUGGAAUAAAAGAUGAAGAGCUAACCCAUUUAGCUUUGAAUUUAUAGUGUGGAAAUGCUCAUAUUUCCUUUGCAAACCACUGAGAUGCUUGAGAAAAUUGAACCAGAACAAAGGAAGACUAUGGGUCCAUGCACACUCAUUUGAAAGCAAGUAAACAUGCAUCUGUCAUUGAACUCCACUUUUGAUUUUAUGGUGUGUCUGUGUGCCUUCAAGACUCCGAUUGACUUAUGCCAGCCUCAUUAAUUUCAUAGGGUUUUUCAGGCAAGGAAUACUCAGAGGUGGUUUUGCCAGUUCCUUCCUCUGAAAUACAGCCUAUGAAAUCUGGUAUUCAUUGGCAGUCUCCCAUCCAAGUAAUUCAGAGCUGACCUAGCUUAGCUUCUAAGAUCUGACGCGUUUAUGACAUUUUACUAAAUAAAAACAAAGUUGAACUGGCACAAUGACAGUACUAAUUGUCUCUUCAGCGGGUAGAUGCCUGGAAAUCUACAUAAAUACGCAAAUGUAGAAAAGGGAUUUUGUAUUUGGUCUAUCAUUAUGGGUUAUAUAUUCCAAUUUAGGAAAGUGCAUAGCAGUAGGUUAAUUAGAAACAGCAUAAACAUUACUUUUUUGAGAGGAAUAAUCUCAUCCUUUUAAGCCAUUGCCAAGAAUGGCCCAGUGAAUAAUUUAAAAACUCAGGUGUUGCAGUAUUAUUGAUGCUAAGCAGGUGUAGACUACAGCAGCAAGGCUCAGCAAUACAGAUAAAGGAUUACUGGAAAUUGCAUAUGAGGUCAGGGUGGUCUAGUGGUUAGAGUGUUUGAUUAGGAUUUAGAAAAUCUCAUACCAAGUCCCUACUGAGCCAUGAAACUGAGUGACUAUCUCUCUCUCGUCCUGAACAUGAUUAUUGUGAGCAUAAGGAGAAGCAGAGCUACAUGCAUCCCUUAUCGCUCACGGAAGAUAGGACAAGCUAUAACCAUUAACUAAUCCAUAAUUAAUUAUAUAAAAUGUGUAAAAUAAUUUUAAAAUCACAGAAGUUUAUAAAUGACUUGCCCAUUUUUUAUAAUUUGGGUAAACACUGAAUGUAUAGAAAUAUAUUUCUGUUUGCAAAAUGUGUUCAGGCUCUGCUGAACCGUUAGGAGAACAAGAGUUUGAUCCAUAUGUUUCAAGUUCCUUUCCAUAUGCGUCUGUGAUAUUUAGUCUUGAUGGCCCUGGCACAGAAUCAAGGAUCCAAAGAUCUAUAUUAUGUGGCCUCAAAGACUUGAGCAUCUUUGGUGUUGUUGGGGACUUUUUUUUAACCCACCCACCGCAUAGCACUCUUGUUCCAAAGGCUAUAUUAAAAAUUGUGCUUGAGAAUCAAGCUGCACUUUGCAUUUAAGUCCUGUCAUUGCUCUUUUUUUUUUAAAGAAAAAAGUUUAUGGAAGAGAUGAAUGGCACUGGGAUCAAGAUAUAGGUGGGGGAAGGUAAGAACAAAGGCUUUUCCUGUUGCACAAUAUCCCCAUUGAAACUCCCCCCUCUCUCCAAAACAGUUAUUAUCUGUACUACUAAUAGUGUUUGCAUGUGUUAUUUCUUAAAACUAAGCAUUAUAUUUUCAUAUCCAAUUUGUUUGUAACCUGGUAGAUGCAGGUGUGAAACAGUCACCUGGCAAAUGCUAAUGGACUUAGUAUAAUGAAUGUGACUUUUCACUAACAGUCCUGGUUUUUUUUAAAAGGUUGUGAUGAGUUGGGUUAUAGGUACUGCUCAAGACAUCCUAGUCCUAAAUUCACUCAGGCCACUUUCCAAAGCCUUGGGGUCCUUUCAGGCUACACAAUUAUAGGACAGUGUUUGUGUGUGUGCCUUCAAAUUGCCUGUCAACUUAUUGGGGCCCCAUGAAUUUCAUGGGGUUUUCUUAGUGGCAGUCAAAGUGGCAGGCAGAAAGUGGCAGGCCAUCUUCAAUAUGACAUCUUUUCAAAUAUUAAACAUGGAUAUUGUGUCACUGCUUAACCUUCUCUUCUCCAGGCUCAGGUUAUCCAGUUCCACAAUAAGGCAUGGUUUCCAGACCUUCUCAAGGUGCUACAUUAAAAAUACAGAAUUUUUGGAAUGUUAUUCAAUCUAAAAAAGGAGACUUUCCAGACCUCAAAUAAAGGAUAUCCUUCAUAAUAAGGGGCAUAUACCAGUCCUAUUUGGAGAUGGGAACUACACCACAAAAUUCAAAAAAAUUGCAAACUUGCUUACAUUCCAAUGUAUGCAUUAGUCCAGAGACAAGUUCAUUUCACAAUUCAAAAAGCUUGAAUUCCCCAAAUGUCCCCAUUCUUGACCUUGCUAGUAAGAUGUAAAUAGUAAUAAUAAAACAGCCCCUUGGGCCUGAUCCAGCUAAAGCUGCUUUUGGCUCAGUCUGUAAUCUGGCUAAAAUUUAUUUUAGGAAUAAACGGAAUAUAUUGUCAUGUACCUUCAAUUUACUUCCAAUUUAUGACAGGUCUAAGAUAAACCUUAUAUAGGAUUUUCUUCGCAAGAAAAAGCCAGUGUGGUGCAGUAGUUUGCACCAUGGAUUACAACUCUGAAGACCAGGAUUUUAAUCCCUACUCAGUUAUGGAAACCCACUGGAUGACACCCUGUCAGGUUCAGAAGAAGGCAAAAGUUUGUCCUCUCUGGAACAAACCUUGCCAAGAAAACUGAAUAUAACUCAGUGACAAUUACUUCCAUGCAUAGGAUCGAUGUACAUGUUUCAUUUAAAACAAUAGAAAGUGAUUAGUCAAAAGUACCGUAUAUAUUCGGUACCCAUAAAAUAACAUAUAAUAUAGUUACCCAUAACAUAAAAUAUAGUUACCCAUAAAAUAACAUUAAUUAAGGCAUCAGUAGGUUAAAUGUUUUUGAAUAUUUACAUAAAACUGUAAUUUAAGAUAAUAAUAAUAAUAAUAAUAAUAAUAAUAAUAAUAAUAAUAAGACUUUAAUAAGAUAAGACUGUCCAAGUCUGAUUACCUAUAAACUUGAAUAUAAGCCAACCUAAAUAUAAACUGGCCAGGACCCUCACUCGAGUAUUAGCCAAGGGGGGCUUUUUCAGCCCUAAAAAGGGCUGAAAAAACUUGGCUUAUACUUGAGUAUAUACAGUAAUUGAUUUCAUUGAAUUGAAAGGGAAAUUGUAAUGACUAAUUUUUGCUGGAUCACAACAUUUAUUUUUAACUAGUGAGCAAAAUGUUGAGGAAUGGGGAGAGAGAUCUUUCUUUGUUGAAAUCUCCUUUGAAUACAUCACUUCAUGUUGUUGUAACACUGCUUUCAAAUCCUACUGAGGCAAUAUCUAAACAUGCAAAAUGUGUCACCAUUACCAACAAGAAGAAUAUGUACCCUGGCAUAACAGGAGUGUUUCCGUUUAAACACCUAUGUUUCAAGGGAGAGAGAAUUUUUUCACAGUACAAAUGCUGCAUUAGGUAGCAGCAAAUUCGUCAGUGUCAAACCAUAGAGACAGAUUUUUCUUUUCAUUUAAUAGGUCUUCCUAAUAGUAUUUAUUGCAUUCCAGGCUGACAUGAACAUCUGCAGUAGCAGAGUCAUGUCCACCAGAUGCACGUUUAGCAAAGGCUGAUGAGUGACCAUAGUUUUUAAUGCAAUGGAAAGUGGCUAUGAUUGUGUACAUGGGUUUCUUUUCUCGAAUUGUUUGAAGGGGGUUGGGAAUUCAACAGGAAACCCAACAGAUCAUGCAUAGGAAUGUCUUGUUUUAAACUGCUUCUGACUUGGGAUAGAGGAGAUCAGUUACUCCAGGUUUGGAAGACUGAGUGAAAGCAGGUGCUGGGCUAAUAUUCCACAACUUGUCGAGGUCUUAAUGCAAAACUAGAUGCAAGAGUGAGGUGGGGCAUAGCAAGACACUGUGAGAGAAUCUAGAAUGAUUAUAUCCACGAUACAACCACGUGCCCAGUGUCCUACCAGUGUUGAAAGGGGUUUAAAAUUGAGGAAAAUAGACUCCAACUAGAGUUUAGGAGUGCAGAAGGCCCUUGGUAUUGGUUGGUUCCAGAACCUCCUGUGGAUAACAAAACCCAUGGAUGCUCAAGUCCUAUAAUAUGCACUGGCAUAGUAAAAUCGUAUCUCUAAUAAAAAUGGCAAAAUCAAGGCUGCAAAGAUAUAGAUAAUUGAAUCUACAGAUAUAGAAUCCAUGGGUAUGAACGGCCAACUGUUAUUCCUUAAAUAUUCUUUUGUUCCCAUGAGUUCCUCAGAAUGUUCAACCCUGUUUUUAAAAGUUGAUAUUUGCAUUGACCAACACUGGCCAUUGAAAGGAUACAUUUCUCAGCUCAGAUUCAACCAAAGACAGGAGGACAAGAGUUAAUAACUUUUUCUUGGCUGCUCCUCCAUCUUCCAAUUUCACUGGGUGACCUUGGACAAGUCACACUUUCUCAAUCUCAGAGGAGGGCAAUGGCCUCUGAUUAAAUCGUGCCAAGAAGUCUUGCCAAGAAAAGGUUUUGAGAAGUUCACAUAUUUUAGAGCUUUGAAGAUACAUAACAAUUAUUUAAAAACCAGCCAUUUUCUGUCAAUUUGUCUUAAUCCCAAGGGUGAUUAAAUGGAUGCGUACAUUCAGUGUAUUUUUAAUCAAACACUGUCAAUCCCCUGAACAUGCUUAGGAUCAUGAAACACUUCUGUGAGUGUAUUUGUGCCUGUGUGCUUCUUUUAUCAUUUUUCCCUUCUCCGGGUCCAUAGGGAACUUCUUCAGUGGAAAGUUGUCAUGUGUGCCAGUAGAAGCCUUCUCCCCAAACAUUGUAGUUCCAGUUUUGACUGAUGUAGCAUAGCUGUUAUUUGCAUCUAAACAUCAUGAACCAGGCCCUGUCUGAUCUUGGAACUUAAGCAAAGAAGGCCCUGGUUGAUACUUGGAUGGAAAACCACCAAGGGAUUCCACAUGCUGUGAGCUAUAUUUCAGAAGGUCAAAACUGGCAAAGCCACCUCUGAGUAUUCCUUGCUUAAGAAAACCCUACGAAAUGGGGUUGCCAUAAGUCAAGCGGUAACUUGAAAACUUGAAGGCACCUAGAGAUACACACAAUUACAGGGAACAUCUAAGGAAGCCUGAAAAUGUCAUGGCCAAUAGAAAGGGUUUGAUGAAGCAAAAUUAUUCCUAAAUGCCAAGGGAUUUUUUUUAAAACAAAAAUCAUAUAGGUCUGGGAAAGAGGAACCUAGAAAGCAUUAUUCUAAAUAUUCCUGAUAUAUUUUUGUGUCUGAGAGCCUUCCAUUAAUAACUGAAAAGUCAUCUUGUGCUUCAGAGUCUUUGUAUGUUUAAUUAUGGAAGCUUUGAAAUUGCUUGCAGUAGUCUUCAAUCAGGUUGGGAAAAAGUCCCUUUGGUCCUGUGUUUUGUAUAAUUAUUUGACUAUACUCUUGUUCUCAUGUGUAUUAAAGAACCCUGUUUGAAAUAAGAA